AUGGUGAUCCUAUCUUGGGAAAAUCAAACCAUAGUAAUAGAAUUUGUGCUUAGGGGAUUCUCAUCCAUUAGACAGCUCAAUGUUUUCCUCUUUAUAGUGUUUUUGGUUUUCUACAUCUUAAUUGUAUCUGGAAACAUACUCAUUGUCCUGCUAGUUCUAUUCAGUCAUCACCUCCACACUCCCAUGUACUUCUUUCUGGUGAACUUGUCGUUUCUGGAGAUCUGGUAUACCUCCAACAUUGUCCCCAAGAUGUUGCUGAUUAUCGUAGCUGAACAGAAGACUAUCUCUGUAGCUGGCUGCCUGGCACAGUUUUACUUCUUUGGAUCCUUGGCUGCAACAGAGUGUCUCUUGCUUGCUGUGAUGUCUUAUGACCGCUACCUUGCCAUCUGCCAGCCUCUCCACUAUCCUAGUCUCAUGACUGGUUCCUUCUGCAUUAGGCUGGCUAUCAGCUCUUGGUUCUGCUGCUUCUUCUUGACAGCAAUUACUAUGGUCCUACUCUCUAGACUGACCUUCUGCGGACCCAAUGAAAUCGAUCAUUUUUUUUGUGACUUCGCCCCUCUGGUCCAUCUCUCCUGUAUAGACACUUCACUGACUGAGACCGUCGCCUGUGCUACUUCUUCUUCAGUAACUUUGGUCCCAUUUCUUCUCAUCACAGCCUCCUAUUCCUGCAUUCUUGCUGCUAUCCUAAGAAUCCCAUCUGGCACAGGCCGGAAGAAAGCUUUCUCUACCUGCUCUUCGCAUCUCACUGUGGUUAUGGUGUUUUAUGGGACACUGAUUGCCACGUACCUUGUGCCCUCAGCCAAGUCUUCCCAACUCCUGCGCAAAGGGUUUUCUCUGCUCUACACCAUCCUCACGCCCAUGUUCAACCCAAUCAUAUAUAGCCUGAGAAACAGAGACAUCCAUGAAGCUCUGAAGAAGUGCUUAAGUAAGAAGUCAGGUUUCCUCAGAUGA